AUGGUGUGUACUACAUUGUUGCUGGUCCUGUCAUGGUCCUAUGUGCCGUUGGUGGUGUUAUGUUGGCCGACACCCUCACCACUUCCUCUGCUACCCCGACUGUACAACGCUACGUCUAACCUUCUACAAAGGACGUCUAGAGUGCUCAACUUCUUCCCCGUACCUGUCAGCGAAGAAUGUCUAGCAGACGACGGCCGAAGAUCAGGAACCUGCAUGAACACGUACGAGUGCCGGAUACAAAAUGGCCAGUCCCACGGACCAUGUGCUUUGGGCUUUGGUGUCUGCUGUGUCUUCACGGCAACGUGUGGGGACGAGAUAGUGAACAACAUCACCUACUUCAUGAGUCCAGACUUCCCUAGUCUGACCAGAGCCAACCAGACUUGCUCGGUCAAGGUGAAGAAAAUGGACGCAGAGAUCAGCCAAAUACGACUAGACUUUGUGCAUUUCAACCUGGGUCAGCCGAACAGACAGACUGGCGUGUGUGAUACAGACGUGUUCUACAUGUUGGGCGGACAAGGCCGAUCAAUGUCCAUCUGUGGUCAGAACAGUGGUCAACACGUGUAUUACGAAGUGGACAACAACUCAGACACUGUAGAACUCGUGAUGAACCUAACUGCAGCAAACCUGUUUCGCCUCUGGGAAGUUAGGAUUUCUCAAAUUGAAUUUGGAAACAGAGUUCCUGCAGGGUGUUCUCAGUUCUACCAAGGAAAAUCAGGAAUCAUACAAACAAUGAACUAUGCAAUCAAUGGACGCCAUCUUGCUAACCAAGACUACAAUAUCUGCGUGCGAUCAGAAGAAAAUGUUUGUUCCAUUGUAUACGAACCUUGCGAUGACAACUCCUUUAAAAUUGGACCCUCCAUAUUGAGCAAUGACAUUGGAACUGGUGGCAUGAGCCCGGCGAUCUUCGCAGGUUUGGUUGUAGAUCCUGUUGGGUCCGGGGCCGGUCCUCUCCCCCUGAGUGACUCCAUGGCAGCAGCAGCUCAAGGUUGUAACGACAGGGUCAUCAUGCCUUGUGACAGCGAAGACUUUCUGACGCCCCAAGGAGGUCCUGGGAUAUGUGACCUGCUUCACUGCGGGGACACCCUGUGUACGCCCGGGGUCUCGCCGUGUAGGAUAGAGAGUAGCAUAAAACCCUUCAAUAUCAAGAUACAGUUUGGUCCAGGACUGAGAGCGGAGAACCCUGAAGACAACCUGGGAAUGUGCCUGAAAUAUGAACAAGUUCCUUGUAGUUAGGUAGAAGUAGGCAGAUAGUAUUUGAAAGUGGAGAGAAAUGCGUAAAAAUAACACAUAGAAUUGUAAUUAGUACUGUUGUUGUACUACCAAAACCAACUCUGUAAGUUGACUAUAUUUAAAACCAAUAGUUUGAAAAAACUUUGAUUUGCUAGAUGUGCUGCACUCAAAGGCCUCUCAGGCUCAUACCAAUGUCCCACCAACUUAAAAUAUGUAAAAUUGAAAUUGCUGUCACAAUAUGUUUCAUCGAGUGACCCAUAGACUUACUGUGUAUAGUCAAUGAUUAAAUCCAGCAACCCGAAGAUUAAAAUGGUUUGCAUUAUUAUUUAAAUUUUACAUUAAAAUAUAAUUGAACGGCUAAUAAAAACCCCCUUUACACUUGUAUUGUUUAUUAAGUUUACAAACGUCUGAUAUCUGGUUUUAAGGAAGGGGGGGGGGGUUUGGUCGUCAACAUUUACCCCUAAUAUUAUAACCAUAUAAUCAAGAAGCAAUGAUAAAAAUGAUCUUUUUGAGUCCUUUUUGAUAGCUGUACAUGGACCAUAUGUUGAUAGUUUAUUGUUCAGAUCAUGAAUCCUAGAUAUAUUUCGAUGUGAAAUGUUCCAAACCGAAAUCUGAUUCUUGAAUUCUCUUUGAACUGUGCGCGGGUCAAUAGCGAAACCACAGUCGACAGUUUUUUCCAUUUCGAUAUUUAUGGUAAAACCUGACACCUAACAGCAAAAUAUAACUCUCGUACGUUUUAGAACAUUUGACAGAAUGUAUUGCAAUAGUGCAAUCCAUAGGUUAUUUCUGUGCCACACUGGAUAACAUUUUUUAAUUAUUUACCGUACAUUAUUCAUAACAUUAAAGAUAUUUCGUGUGUUAUGAACUUUUCAGACCUCGAUUAACUUUAAGUACCCGUAGAAUUUACAUUACGUGGAUCUAUAAGCUUGUAUGUAUAACGUGUAAAACUACGAAUUUUUAAUUAUAUAUAGUUAAUUUAUUACUUA